GGGAUUUCUUAACAAUGGAGGCAAGCACCGAGGUUGCUUCAGAGAAUGUUGAGCUCAAUAAAGAGGAAAGAAACAGAGAGAGAAAAAGAGAGUUCUUAACAAUGGAGGCAAGCACCGAGGUUGUUUCGGAGAAAGUUGAGCUCAAGAAAGAGGAAGUCAAGAACAAGAGCAACAACAACAAUAACAACAAAAACAAAGAGGCAGCUCCUGUUACUAAUGGUGAAGUUAUUAAUGCUGCCGCUGCUGCUGUUACUACUAAUGACUUUUCAGCUCAGAUCAAGAAGAAGAAGAACAAGAAAAAGAACAAGAAAAAGAAGAAGAGCAACACUCGCAUUCAAGUCUCCAACACCAAGAAACCCUUCAUUUUCUACCUCAAUCUUGCCAAGAGUUACAUAAAGCAGUACAAUAAUAUUGAACUCUCAGCUACAGAGAAAAGAAAAUAA